CUGUUGUGCCAGUGCUCUGCGCUGAUUGGCUGCAGCAAAAAAAAGUUUAGAGCCCUCAAAUUCAGCUGACAGACCUUCAUCAGUCUCAGAGGGGAGAUUAGAUGCUGGGAGACACAUCAUCUUCUGGAAUCAGCUCGGAGGUGUUGGACAGUUUAUUGCGUUUAAGAUUAACUUUAAGGAGAAAUAACUGGGCUGUGAAACUUCACCAACUCUUCCCACAAUAAAUGCUGUGUUUGGGAAACUCCACCGACUGCCUCCGGGACCAAAUGGAGUCCAUGAUGAGGUCCCUGCAGGACUUGAAGCAGACGAGCAGGCCGAGACCACUGAGCGAGCCGUGUGGCCGCUCCUUCGCUGUCACACGGCAGUGCAAGCAGAGAGCGCAGCAGGAGCGGCUCACCCGUCUCCGCGCGUCUGACGCCAGCGAGGCCAGCACCUACGACUCCGCCUGCUGCCUGGCCAACCCGCUGGAGGAGGAGGAGGAAGAGCGGCAGGAGCCCGAGCGGCUGCCGCGGGGUUCCCCCGGCAGCGAGAAGAGCGUGGAUUUAGACUCGGGUUUCUCCGAGGCGUCCUGGCACGACGAAGGCGUGGUGCUGAGAAGGACCAGGAACGUGCGCGUCUCCAACUCCGCCUGCGCCCGAACAAACAGAGGAAGCUCCGGCCGCGCCCGGCCGAAGUCGACGUCGGACGUCUGCCUGGAGCGCUGGACUUCUUUCGUGGCGACCGACACGGAGGACUGGACCACGUCUCUGCUGAGCCGCAGCAGGAACAGGCAGCCCCUGGUUCUGGGGGACAACAGCUUUGCUGACCUGAUCAAGAACUGGAUGGACCUACCCGACCUACCAGAACCAGCUGAGAUAAAGCCCAGCUCGGGCAGACGUCUCGCAAAGGACAUUUUUGGCCACAUGCGGCGGAGGCUGGCGGGGAUGUCUAAAGGCGUGGAGCUGAGGCCGGCAGACCCCACGCGGUUGCGGCGAGCUGCGGAGGCUCCACAGAGGAUGUCCUGUCCCGUGGGAUUUGAGCCCCUCAAACCUUUCUUCCACCAGUCUCACACGGGGCUGCACCAGCUUGACACGGAUUUCUACAGGUUUUCUGUACUCAUGAAGACGGGCAGCCGGCAGCCCAUCAUAUGCAACGACAUCAUUGGAUACAUCUGAAUGUAUUGCAGAUCAAAUCUAAAUAAGACUCUUGUGCUAAAGUGUCAUAAAUAAAAGCUUUUUUAUUAUUAUUA